AUGACUGGGCUGGUGGCAGACAACAUGGCGAUGAAUGUGGACUUUAACGCGCUUAAGGCGCGGACGAUGGGCUCGGGCGCUGAUGAGGAAGCGGUGACGGUCGAUACAAGAGGUCUCAUCUCCAAGGUCCUGGCUCGCUAUUCAGGGAAAUGGACCGUUCUGCGCGAGAUGAUCCAGAAUGCCGCCGAUGCCAACGCCACCAAGGUGACGAUCAAGUUCGAGACCCUCCCAUCUACCACGGUGCCUUCGCCCUCGUCAACCGACCCGACGGCCCUCGUUAAGCACACAAUAGCCAACCACACCCUCCGUCGCCUUUUAGUAUCCAACAAUGGUCUUCCAUUCAGUGAAAAGGACUGGGCAAGAUUGAAGCGCAUCGCAGACGGAAAUCCCGAUGAGACCAAGAUCGGGGCGUUCGGCGUUGGAUUUUAUAGUGUCUUUGAUGACUGUGAAGAGCCAUUUGUAUCAUCUGGAAACCAGGCCAUGGCCUUCUACUGGAAGGGAAAUGCGCUCUUUACCCGUCGGUUGGACUUGGGCGAGGCUACUAGCCAGGAUACCACCUUUGUCUUGGAUUAUCGCAACGAUUCAUCUCCCGUCCCAUCAUUGAUGCAGCUGUGCCAAUUCUUGUCGAGCAGUCUUACCUUUGUCAGUCUUCAAGAGAUUGAGCUGUGGCUCGAUGAUUGGAACCUGUUGCGAUUAUCGAAAAAGACGGCACCCAGCGUCAAUGUCGCCAUUCCCAGAGAUAUCGAAACGAAGACCGCUGAAGGCAUGAUGAAGAUUGCUGGAGUCACCCGUGAGAUUGCGCAAGUUGAUGCUUCCUGGAUGCGAAUUGUUGAGUGGAACCCCCAUGCGAGUGUGUUCCGACUUGAGAACAUCCGCGACACGACAAACUCUCUGCGUAGCUUUUUCUCGAAAUUCACGAAUCAGGGUGGAUUAGAGAAACCAUCACUGGCCGAGAAACCAGAACGACAGGAGGACACGGGAAAUAUGACCUCGAUGAUGACGGCGUCGGUAUUUCUGCAUAUCAAUACUGCCUCCAUUCAACCCUCCAUCAGCAGUUCGCUGAGCAAGGAGCUGGAAAGAGCCACGCGCAAGCCCCCACCGAAGAGAGCAACCAUUGCUAUCUUGACUCCUUCUUAUGAUGCCAACCUCGCAACGGAUGCGUUAUCGUCCCAGUCCGAGAUCCUCAGCUCGAUCCUACCUUCAAAGGCCGGAAGGGUCUUUAUUGGCUUUCCCACUCAACAGACCACCGGACUGAAUGCUCAUGUCUCCGCACCCUCCGUUAUCCCAACCGUCGAGCGAGAGAGUAUCGACCUCAACACACGAUAUAUCAGCAAGUGGAACCUGGAAAUGCUGCGUGCAGUGGGUAUCACCUGCCGCAUUGCUUGGUCGGCAGAAAUGGCCACGAUCAAGUCCAAGCUGUCUUCGAAGUCAAAAAUCCGGAAGGACGAUAUUGUUGAUGUACUUCCCGAGGCGAUCCAUACUGCCAAUCAGUUCGCAUUCCGUGAAUCUACCCCAUCAUCUACACUGGGACAGACAAUCGAGGAUGCAUUCUGGAUGUGCAACAAAAACGCAUCCAUCGAGGUUCUCUCCACAUGCGGUGUGAUUCCCAGCCAUCAGACACGACUAGCGCCCAAAGAUCUCAGCUUCAUGGACUCCAUUCCAGCUUUGCCAGAUGAGUUUGUGCUCAAGGCGAAAGAUUUUGUGAAGCGACUGACAGACUUUGGAUUGGUCACGGAAAUAACGGUCUCUGAUAUCAAACGUGAGCUCGAGUCUAGUACUCUUCGUUCAAAUCAGGUUGUUGAAUUCCUGUCGUGGCUGGGCCGUAAGACUAUUACCGGACAACUUGAUGGGAUGUCUGUCCAGAGUCUUUUACGUGUUGCGGUAGCGAACGAGGAAGACAAAGACGGCCACCCUACAAGACUGCGCAUUCCGGCAGACUUACCUAUACCUUCAAGCGUUGUACCUUUCCAUUUUGCAAAGUCGAUUAGCAAACAAGAGCUCGAGGCACUUGGUUGGACCGAACUCCAAAUUGUUCCUUGGCUUCGCUGGCUGAUCAACAAUGCUGGAAACCGCAGCAUCCUUCCAGCUGAUCAAGAUAUCACUCAAACGGCAUCUUUUGCUGGACAAGUUUUGCCCGUGUUGUCACGGCAGUGGGACCACCUGAGCCAGUCUUCGAAGCAGACAGUUGUCAAUACACUGCAAGAGACCGUUAUACCGACUAAGUUGGGAAUGAAGCAGCCGCAGCAGACAUACUUUGCUUCUGUGCGCCUUUUCGACGAUCUGCCUGUCGUGCAUGGUCUGAAUAGUGUCAAGGAGAAGUUCUUGUUAGCCCUUGGAGUUCGCAAAACCGUAGAACUGGGCGUGAUCUUUGAUCGCCUCAUCAACACGCCCACUUCUAACGAUGCGAAGGGACCACCAUCACGGAAAUGGAACCACGUUGAUCUCAUACGAUACCUCACCUCAGUCAGCGACGACAUUCCUGCCAAUGAUAUUCACCGACUGAAGAAUACAAGUAUUUGCACCGCCGAAAACCAAGAUAUCCGAUACAAAAUCUGCGAGCUCUAUGAGCCGAAAGACUCUCUUCGGAGCCUCGGGCUGCCUGUGAUUGACUGGCCAGGUAUCUACACAAGUGGCAGCAAAGAAGGCCAAUUUCUGAAGAUGAUGGGGCUGAAGAGCUAUCCGCCAGGCUCUGAACUCGUACGUCUCAUGACAACAGAUCAUGCCGAGAAGGACGGUCGUCAUGGCAAAGCCCUGUCAUACUUCAUCAACGAGUAUUACACGAACGGCUAUGCUUCAUUUGAUGCCAGUGCAGUCACCAUCCCUUUUCUACCUAUUGAGGGGAAGCAGAACCUCAGCAUUCCACGAAAAUGCUUCACGGACGAAGGUGCUGCGUUAUUUGGUUUUGAUAUCCUCCGGAAACACCUGCACCCACACGCCUCCAAACUGGGCGUCAAAGCCCAUCCCCCCAUGGCGGACUGUCUCCACGUGCUCAUCCGCCAUCCUCCCACCACCCAAAAAGAUGCCCGGGUGAUGUUCAAAUACCUAGCGAGCAGGGCUACAGAUCUCAGUUCCGCUGAUACGGAGCGCGUCAGCAAUGCAGCGAUUAUCCCAAUACCCACAAAUCAACGGUCAGAGAAAGGUUCUCGGACUCGCCUUGUGACUCCAAGACUCUGUUAUCUUGGAGAUGGAGAGGACUACAAAGGCAUCUUUGACUUUGUGGACUUUGGUCAAGAAGCCAACCUUUUCCUGAUGGCCGUCGGCUCGAAACAGGAACCUACCAAGACCGAGAUUGCAAGGAUGCUGGUGAAAGAACCAGCUCGCAUCUCCGCCGCGUUCCAGAGUUCAGAGAAGUAUCUCAUGCUUUUAAGGACACUCGCAGAGCAUAUGUCGGUUCUCAAGAAGGACAGGGAGUUGUUCAGCGAGAUGAAGAGAGCGGCCUUCCUUAUGGCUAGCCGAGAUAUUCCAUCUCAAAAGCUUGGUGGCAAGGAAAAGUCGGCCGAUCCGGAGCUUUUGGAAGACGAUCUGGAUAUCAGGGAAUGGAAUUUGACUGCCGCCAAGGACAUUGUCGUGGUGGAUGACUUCCAAAGCUUCAACCUCUUCAAAGAGCAUAUCCUCGCUGCGCCACAGGAGGAAACCUUGGAAAACUUCUAUACUGCUCUUGGAGCUGUUCCGCUAAGCAGUCUUGUGGAAGAACAGGCCCGCUUCGGUGGCGUGGCCACUGACCAGACCCAAGGAGUCAAACUAAAGAAGGUGAUCCUUGAACGCACACGGCUCUUCCUGCAUGACCAGCCCUCGGAUGCAAUCAACACCAGGGCUCGGUCUUUGGAGGAUUGGUUCAGCGUGCAGGUGGUGAAUUCGAUCACCUUGACGCGUUCUCUUAAGGGUCGACGAGUGUCUCACACCCAAAAACGAAACGCCAUUGUCGCCCGACUGUCCACGAAUAUGGGUCUGUGCAUCUGUCCCGGUAAACUUGACCUGUAUGAGAUCAGCCAGUCGCUCGUCCAUUUGCUUUUGAGGCGCCCAAAGCUCCACUCAACUCUAACUUUGGAAAUGCUCCUGAAGACGGAUCUUCUGGAAUUGCGAGCUCGUGGUUACAAUGUGGAACGCAUUCUCAGGCAAAAGGCCCAUGAAGCGCGGAUCGCUGAGGAUAAGCGACAGAAACAGCUGGAAGAGGAGCGGCGUGUUAUCCAGGAGAAGGAGGCCGCCUGGGAAGCAGCUCGUGCUCAGCGUACCGAAGCCGACCAGCCCGAGGAGCAGAGACAAAAUUCGAUGCCGGGAUUAUUUCCCGAAUCACCUAGCAACAACAAGAUUGCCCCGGUUGAGGCGCAUGCGGUGCCGCCGGCCCCCAUUCCAGAUCGACCUAGCGGCAGCUUGUUUGCCAAUCUCACGAAGCGGUUUGGUUUGGACAGAUCCAGUUCCGAACAGUCGCGCUCGCUGCUCCCUGAAACCUCUACGCCUCCACCGCCACCGCCAUACUCGACGACCGACCCACAGAAUCCCCAGGGCACGCGCCCGGAACAGCCCGCGAAUGUCAGUUCUCCCCAUCAACUUCAUAAUCAGCUGCUGUCAGCUGUCCAGGCCUGCCGGCCUCACGGUUCGUCCGACGUUUUCUCCCGACCGGAAACCAACCAAAUCACCGAAAGCAAGUCGUACUGUGACGAGCGACCGAGCCACGACCUGGAGUUCGUCGCCACCCUCCCGAGCGGCGUGAACGUGCUGUUCGUGAAAACCGUCCCCGAGCGAUCUGCUUUCCUCGCUCAACACCGCGCGGGCAUCAACAUGUUCGCAUCGGUGGUUCUCGACUGCGCGUCUAUCUUCUCGAUGCGCGCCGACACCCUGAGCAUCUUCUAUGAUCCCGGUGGCAAGACCAUCGCAUUCAACCGGGCGGGCAGUGUGUUUUGCAACUACUUCUACUUCCAACAGUUACAUGAGCAAGCCCUGCUCCAGAGCCCGAACCCAAACCGCACUGACGCCAUCGUGUACUGGUGGGUGAUUCUGUGUCAUGAGCUGGCGCACAAUCUAGUCGAGGAUCACAGCUCGGCGCACAGCUACUACACCGAGGGCUUUGUGGCCCAGUAUUUCCCCAAGGUGGCGGUCAAGCUGGCUGCGCUGCAGACUUCGCCAUCUUCGUUGCUAUAG